CCUGGAUGCCCUCGAAAUUGGCGCCACUUCCCUCCCGUGCUCCUCCCCUCGCCUGGGCUCUCGUCCCAUCCCUGCCCGAACCCUAACCUCAGAUGUCGCUUCCUGCGUGAGAGGGCGCUGACGCGGCAGCAGCAUUGAAGGGGGUUUCGUCGUCGUCAGCGGCGACAGAUGUAUAAGCAGGGAUCGGCCGGAGGGGCGGGGCUGGACCGGAAGCGCAUCAGCGAAGCGCUCGAUAAGCACCUGGAGAAGGCGGCCGCGUCGCCCUCCACGUCGAGAGGCUCGGCGGGUGCCCGAGGUAACCGCAACCGCGUCGUAGUGCCGUCCUCCAUCCCCAAGGGCCGCUGCUCCGAAGGGGAGUCAGAGUCGGACAGUGAAGCAUCAGAUGUUGGUGGCUCUGAUGGAGAAGAUACCUCAUGGAUUUCAUGGUAUUGCAACCUAAGAGGGAAUGAGUUCUUCUGUGAAGUCGAUGAUGAUUACAUUCAAGAUGACUUCAAUCUUUGUGGGCUUAGCAGUCAAGUUCCAUAUUAUGAUUAUGCUCUUGAUCUCAUUUUAGAUAUCGAGUCUUCCCAUGGUGAUAUUUUCACAGAAGAACAAAAUGAGCUAGUGGAAUCAGCUGCUGAGAUGUUGUAUGGGCUGAUUCAUGCACGAUACAUUCUGACCAGUAAAGGGUUGGCUGCUAUGCUGGAGAAAUACAAGAACUACGACUUUGGACGAUGUCCACGUGUUUAUUGCUGUGGACAACCAUGCCUACCAAUUGGACAAUCAGAUAUUCACCGAUCUAGUACAGUGAAGAUAUACUGUCCUAAGUGCGAAGACAUCUACUAUCCACGUUCUAAAUACCAAGGCAGUAUCCUAACCACUCUCUUAUUAUACUGUCUCAAAUUGAUAUUGACGGAGCCUACUAUGGGACAACAUUUCCUCACCUUUUUCUGAUGACGUACGAUCACCUCAAGCCCCAAAAGACCUCGCAGCGCUAUGUUCCUCGUGUAUUUGGCUUCAAGCUCCACAAGCCAUGACGUGGAGGUGAAGGAAAAGAUAAGAGGCCCCGGAAGACUACUGUAAGACUGCAAUCGCCAGCUGGCAGCCCGAUCAUGCAUGUUGCGGUGAUGCUGCCCACCCAUAUUGUGUGCCCUGCCAAGUCUACUCAUCAACAUUGAAAUGUUGGUAUAAAAGAAGACAUGAGACGAUGUUGUAACCUUAUUCCAGCUCUACUGGCUAUUAAAUCUGGACCUCUGUUUCCAAAACCAGCGGCUAUCGAGAAAUCAAAGUUAUGCUCGAAA